AUGGGGUUGCACAACUUGCUCAAAGAGCGUCACGGACGUGAGGUUACAGCCACACAACACAAUAAGGCUAGCAGGAACCCCUUCAGAAACACUUUCAGUCCGGCACCAACUCUUUCGACACCUGGAAGCGACGAGCUCGACGCCGAAGCUAACGUGGCCAAGCUCAACAACGCCCUGUCGGACGACGAACUAUUGAAACGCGCGCGAGAAGCUCAUACCAGUGUUGACUUUGGAUCAUUAGCAGCUGGACCAGAGUCAAACGGGGAAUGGAAGCGCGUGGAAUCUGCCGAUGGCUUCGCUGUCUUCCGACGACAAGGCUCAAUGAACAACAAUGGCAAGCAAAGGGAAGGCCUGGAAGUCAUGUGUGUUGGCCAUGUGGAAGCCAGUGUGGAAGAGAUCACUAGUAUCCUUCGCUCGAGCUCCGAAGCUGAGCAUAACACGGUGAUGAGUGGAUUAUACGAUAAAGGUUUCAUUUUCGGAUCAUAUGAACGAGAAGUGUCGUGCACAGAGAAUCUGGAUGACGACGACGAUGACGACGUUGAUAACGAUGAACAACUCGCUGUCAAGACCAAGAGUUUCUCUCGCACGACGAUCUUGGGACAUAACGAGCAGUGGUGCUACUUCGACUACUUCCAGCGCAAGAAAGACCGUGACGGCUUCGCGAUCUCUAAGCGUGCGUUACCACCUUCAGAGGAUACUCCAGGACGAAUAGUCGGAGACCAUUCCCGAGUGGAUCAGCUUCACGGAUUGAACGCUUCGUACCUCGUUGACAAGAUCCCCAACCAAAAAGAAGUGCGUGUAGUAUUCCACGCAUGGUUUGAAAUGGAGGAGGAAGAAGUACAAGAAUACUAUGCCCGCAAACGGAAGGGAUCUCGACGUAGAAGCUAUGAAACCACACGAUCACAAGCAAGUGCUAGCACAUCUCAGCGCCGUAAAUCAUUCGAGCACGGUGGUCACACCAAGCACAAAACUCAGCUUCGUCGAUUACUGGCCAUGGCUCACGGUGUCACAAAACUCCCCAGUAUGGUGCGUCGUCGCCGCUUUGGUGUUCAAGUGCCGGUCGAUUUAAACACCGUGCAUGUCACGAACACUCGCUGUCCAUGCUGCACUCACAGUUUAAAGCUGUCACUAGCAGUGGCCGCAUCAGCGAUCACAACGCUAAAUCUCGGUUCUUUGAAGACGCACAACAAGCGCUGCUACUUGUGCGGAUACCUCGUUUGUGCCGACUGCUGGAGUGCCGAAACCAUGGAAUGCGCCUCUAGACGAGUAGCUGCUAUUGUCGUGUGUACACGAUGCCGUGCGAACGUUCAAGCGUGUGAAUACUCUGAAGUGUUCUCGGGCACUGCUGCUCAACGAGAGAAACACCAAGGUCCACCUCGUGUCGUUGAGGACUCGGAAAACGCGCCGACUGUGUCGUUGCUGGUCGAUUUCUUGUCUGCUUCUCUGUUGAACUCGACUGCUGAUAGCACCGAGCAUGCGGCGGUGAUGGCAGUGAUUCGGACACUGCUCCGACAGGACUCGGAAGACGAUUCCGACGACUAUUCUAGCGAAGAAGACAAGAGCGAAUUCGACCGCGAUGAACCGCGUUUUAAGAUUCUUGGAGAGACCGGGGUGGUGGAAAAGGUUGGAAAGGUACUGAGUGAUGAGGAACAUCUACCCCCUCUUGAAGCGUGCAAACUUGGAAACGCUGCCGAGAGAAACUACGUCUUGGACCUUCCCGAAAAUCCGAAAGCGGACGUUCCGCUUUCCCCGAUCCCAAGCAAUGAAGCCGAUCGAAUCGCAAGUUCGAAGGCUUCGGGAAUACUGCAACUCGCCGGUAUCCUCGCCCCCAAGGACAAAGAUGCAGAGUCUAAGGGUGACAAGCCGGAUAUUCACGACCUGGAGCUACUAUGUCGCUUGGCUGUCAAGACGAUGGACUGUUCGUAUUCAUUCGUGACGGUCAUGAGUGAGAAAGACGAGCAUGUCUUGGCGAGUACACAUCCCGAUUUCGCCGGCGCCGUCGUGCCACGUGAACAAACGACGUGCCAGCAUCUGCUGAUGUCACCACAUCCGUUCAUGGUAGCGCACCAUGAAGCUGACGUUCGCUUCCAGAACCAUGGACCCACCUCAUCAAUCCCGAUCCGAUUCUAUGUGGGUUUCCCCGUUAAAGUUCCGCUUGUUGGUGGCCAACCUGGCGACCCGGAGAUGAUUGCAGCGACGCUGUGCUGCGUCGACUCGAAGCCCCGAAAUGAGAUCACUCGCACACAAUACGCUACGAUGACUCGGCUAGCAACUACAACAAAAACCUUUUUACUGCAGAAAAGUCAGCAACUUCAACUAGGACAUGCAACCCCGUUGACUGCUUAG